AUGACAUUCACAGUAAAAAGCAGCAGGGACACUAUCCUGGGCUGUGAGAAGGGCUGGGGCCAGGCAAGGGAACGAGGAGUCCAUGAGUGCUAACGUUGUGCUUCUCUCCAGGACUUGGCUCUCCCGCUGGCACUGGCACUGCUGACCUCAGCUGCUCCUCACACAGGACAUGGGCUGUAAAUGGUGAGGUGUCACAGGCCAAUAAAACACUCUUUUCAUUAUUUAGGUGAAGACCACCUUAAAAUUUCACCUAAUGUGUUUCAUCGGCCACGCCCCGGCACAUCUGCUACACGGAAGGCACUGAGCACUGCAUCUCUCCCAUUCUUCUGUGGAUGCCUGGGUUCUGGUGGUGAGCCCAGAGCCCUCCCUGGAGGUGACCACCAUGGAGCUUAACACCCUUAACUCCAAGUUAAACGCUGCCGUGAAGAACAGGGAUAAAGAAGCUGUGCUGGAGCUGCUGGAACAAGGAGCAGAUGUGAAUUCCCAGGUAGACAGUGGCUGGACACCCCUGCAGACCGCAGUGCAAAACAGGGAGAAGGACCUGGUCGAGCUUCUGCUGGACAGGGGAGCUUGUCUGCAUGCCAGGAAGGACAAUGGUGGCACUGCAUUUACUGAGGCAGGGAUAGCAGGGAACGUGGAGAUCCUGGAGCUGCUCCUGGAGCGUGGGUCAGACAUUAACGAGCAGGACAUCAACGGCUUCACAGCUUUCAUGGAGGCUGCGUGGUACGGGAAGGAGGAAGCCUUGAGAUUCCUGUACAGCAGAGGAGCAGAGGUGAAUCUGAGGAGGAAGACCAGCGAGGAGAAAGCCAAGCUGCACAAAGGAGGUGCCACGGCGCUGAUGGACGCUUGCAGGGAGCGCCACUUCUCAGUUGUGAAAAUCCUGGUGCAGGAGAUGGGGGCUGACGUGAACAUCCGUGACAACAGAGACAGGAACGCCUUGAUCCACGCCCUAAAGAAGGGCUCGAGCAAAAAAAGGUACGAGUCAGCUGUGUCCAUAGUUCGUUUGCUGCUGGAGCAUGGUGUGGAUGUGAAGAGCAAGGAUGAAUGUGGGAAAACUGCCCUCAUCCUGGCUGUUGAAAUGGAGAGCCCGGAGCUGGUGGCAGCUUUGCUGGAGAAAGAUGAGAUAGACAUUGAUGACGUGGAUGAGGAGGGCAACACAGCCCUGAUGGUGGCCGUGGGGAACGAUGACUGCAAAAUAGCAAAGUUGUUGUGUGAAAAGGGAGCGAGGACUGAUCGUGGGAACCUGAUUGAUGUUGCAAAGAGACAUCGUUCUCUUAGCAUGGAAAACCUUCUCCGUGAGCACAAGGCCACGUUUGUUCCAGAAACCCCCAGAGAGUGGGAGCCAAACAGCAAACGCUGGAGGGCCCAGCUGAAAGAACUUUAUCAAAUGUAUCGCCCCAUGAUUGGCAAGCUGAAGAUAUUUCCAUACAAGCAGCAGGAAAUUCAGGAUGGCAUCUACCUCGGGCUCCACGGAGGGACAGAGGUAGCAGUGAGAAAAACCCUCAGUGCAGAGGGUGACAAAGAAAAAGAGUUCUUUGAAAAAUGUUCUCACUGUGAACAUCUACUGAAGCUCUUCCAAUCUGAGAAGGAAAAAGACUGCGUGUACUUGUGCUUCCCACUCUGGGAGAAAAACCUCCAGGAGCACCUGCAGGACCCUGGAGGCCAAAAGGAUUACAAAGCUGCUCUGAAGAUGAUCUUCCAGGCACUGAGAGAGCUGCACUGCCUCAGAUUUGCACACCAGGAUCUACAGCCCGGGAACUUUGUAAUAGAUUUAGGUGGCAAAAUUUACUUGGCGGACUUUGGUAAUAAAAGAAGGUCAAUUGAAGGCCAAGAAGAACUUGUAAAGUCAGAUUUAGAGGCUCUGGGCAGGCUCGUGCUCUUUGUUUUAACAGGGGGUAGAAAACCCCUUCAGCAAGUUGGAAUUGAGGAUUUGGCUCCCAAUUCCCCAGAUUACUCAGAAGCUCUGGACCUUGUACAAAGCCUGUCCUCUCGUGAUGAACGAGGCCUGGAAGGGUUGAGCCAACAUCCCUAUUUCUGGAGCAAUCUGAGCAGGUUCAACUUCCUGAAGACUAUAUGGAAUAAAAUCAAAGAUGACCCAAACAAAAGAAGUAUUUUUCAAGAUCCUGUCACUAAGAAAACUUUUCCUUAUCCAGAGUGGACCAAAAUGAUUGACAAAAAUAUUUUACAUGUCAUGGAAAAUCCUAGGAAUGUAAAACGUACCAAAUACAGCAAUGCUGUCACCCAGCUCCUGAGGCUCAUGAGAAACUUGGAUGAACACAAAGAUGCAGAGAUCAGCAAAAAAAUAGGAGACUAUGCUGAGUACUUCCUGAAGGUUUUUCCAAAACUUACCAUCUAUGUGUACAACAGUUUACGCCGGAACCCCAUGUGCACUCACUUUGCAGACUUCCAGGACCCUUCUCUGUAGGAUGUCACUGCUUCCUACCCCAUGUCUGAUCCCACCAACACGCCUUUUAUUUCGUAUUUAUUCACCUGUAAAAGAGCUGAAGAUGUUGGUAAGGAGAUGGGACAAAGCAUAUGCAGGGACAGAGUAUGGAGGACUUAAAUUAGGAAAGAUUCCAAAGAGCUUGGUGUAGCAGCCACAAGCUUCAGAUGCUCUGAUUUGCACUGUGAUUAGAUGUUGCUUAUGGAAAUGUUUUCCAGCUGUGAAAAGGUUCUUUGUUAUGUAAUUUUAUUUUUUUUUCCAAACUGGGACUUUUAUUCUUUCAAUGACCCGGUGGAGAAACAAACUUGACUAGAAAACUGACUCUAGGUUCCUUUAGGAAUGAGGUUCCCCCAUCCCCUCUGCACAGGAAGAGAGCUUCUGCAGCACUGUCAAACCACCACCUGCAUCAGUGGUCCUGCCUUGAAGCAAAGGUCCUUCUGAGGGUGCUGGGGACCUUUUAAAUGCACUGUGGAAGUUUGACUAUGCAACUGUUGAUGGGAAAAUGCAACCAGCAGAACGCUGACUCCUCUUGCACCACCAUUUUUGGUUUUUUUGCCUUUCCUCCCUGCUCUUUUUUUUUUUUUUUUUUUUUUUUUUUUUUUUUUUUUUUUUUUUUUUUUUUUUUUUUUCCUUGCUCACUGUGCCUUUCUCAUGCCCAGAAGGCAGGAGGACACCCAGAGAUGCAGUGGCGGGAGCAGGGGGCUGCGGGGUGCCCUGUGCAGCAUUUCUGCUCUUGCAUGAAGAGAAGUGAGGCCAUGGGCUGGGCUCCUCCCUCCUGUAAAAUGCCACAUUUCCAGCUUUCUGUGACCUUUGCCACUUCUUCCAUCACUCUGUUGUUUCACUGAAGGGCUGGGACUCAAAAGGUGUGCCCAAAACAGAGCAGUGAUUAAACGCAGGGAGGCUGUGACUUGUCUCUGUAGGGCAAUCUGGCUGCUGGGAAGAAUUUCCAGGGACAGCUCCUGCGCUCUGUCCUGCUGGCAGAGAAGAAACCUGAUCCAUGCACAGCAUCUGCAGAGCAGAUUGCUCCUGGAACAUCGGGCCAUGGGAGGAAGGAAUGCAGGACUGGGAGCAAGGCUGGGGAAGACUUUGCAGACUUCCAGGACCCUUCUCUGUAGCAUGUCACUGCCUCCUGACCCAUAUCUGAUCCCACCAUCACUCCUUUUACUUCUUAUUUUGCCUGCAGAAGAGCUGAAGAUGUGGGCAAGGCUCCUCCAGGCUGCCUCUGCCAGGAGGAUGGGUUAGUGAGAUUCCAGGCAGGAUGGAAAACUGGUGGGCAGUGCUGCAGCUGGGUGGUGUGGCAUGUCUGGGACACAGCCCGAGGAUGGAGGCGUCCUGGGGAGCUGGGAGCAGAACCAGCUGCCAAAAUUAGUGCUGUAGGAUGUCCCAGCAUCGGUGACCAGCUUUGCCUCGGGCAGGUUUGCAGCCCACCCACGGUGCCCAAAGGUGUGAUUUGGCCCCUUCGUUGCCCUGCUGUCCUGCCUGCAUUUGCUGUGCCUCUGCCUUUUUCCCCUGGGGACCCCCAGGACGGCUGGCUCAGCCCAGUGUGAUGGGAUCAGGUGCUCCCUGUCCUGGUCCUUGCAUGCUGAGGGUGUGAUGGUGUGCACAGAGAUGCUCCCAGCUCACCGUGGCUCAUCUGCUGCUCUGAAAAACAAACCCACAAAGCAGCCCACAGAAGCAGUGGAGUGAAGGGUUGCUCUUAGCUGUGGUUUUGCUGUGAUGAGCUUCAGGCACAUUUGUGAGGGCCUGGGUUCAGCUGGGCUCUGGAGUGUCAGUGAAAAGCUCACAAAAACACAGCAAGAUUUUGAGCCUGAAAGCUUUUGGGGCAAAAUCAACUUCCAGCACAAGAGCAGUUCUGAGAGCUGGUCACAUUUCAUGUUGUAGGAGUGGUAUCAGCUUCCCAAGCCCUUCAGUUAAAUAAAUGUUCUUGGCUUUGGGUAUUUUUGAUCCUCCAGAAGCAAAGUGUUGAUAAUCAUAACUGGUAAAUAUGAAACAUGUUGUCAUCUGCUUCAAAAUGUACCUGGUGUUAUUCCCAGGACGCAUUCUUCUAGGAUCUGGGAAUAAAAAAUAAUUUAAAAUAGGUCAAAAUGACAAAGCUGGGAGCUUGCCUCUGGCAAACUGAUAAAAGUUAUGGUCUUUUCUUCAUGAGGUCCAAAGAAUAUUUGUGAUUUCUGCAGCUUCCUGGUGACUUGGCAAAAUCACCUGGACUCAGCUUCACCUGGGGUGAAGAUUUGGUUGUGCUUUGUAAACACACGCUGGCUCAAAAAAACAACAAAAAAACCAAGACCUCACCCAAAAAAAAGCAUGCUGAAGCUCCAGUCAGGCAUGAGAUGAUUUUUGCCAGAAAAUCAGAAAGGCUUUGGCAAAACAGGCACCAGCUGGGAAAGUGAACCCAACAGGUUCACUUCUCUCAGCCUUGUUACCCCCAGCAAGUAUUUAAUUUGUGUGGAAAGGCGAGGAGCUGAGGUACAUUUUACAGAUCCAUGUGAGGAAGGAGAUUUGUGCGGUGUUCCAGCUGGAAACACGCGUCACAGCACGUCCCUGCCACGGCUGGGAGCUGCUGUGCUGUCACCAGGUAAGCUGGAGGAUGCUGUGAGUUGCUUUAUUUUUAGGUCUUAUUGCUGAGUGCAAACGAUUCCCUGUGUCCAGGCUGCUCAGCUUCCUUGGAUCACACCUGUGUUUUGGGAGAGCUGCUCGAGGGAGGGCUGAGGUUCCCUUAGUUCCUGCAGG